UCGAAAAAACUGCUUGAUUGACAAGAAAUUAUCUUAUCGCUCUACGCGAGUUUAUUACGCUGAAAAUUAAACUUUUCUCAGAAUUAAUCUUGGGCAAAAUGCUCGUAUUGCAAACAACAGUCUUACACUCAUACCUCUACACAGUUUACACUACAGCUAGAAGUACGGCAAUGAGGCAGGAAACGUCAAGUGAGGAUGCUAAGAUCGACAUUAAUAACGAUGCCAACUCGGUAACCUCAGGUUUUAGACAUAACAGUAAAUUAAAGAUUUUAUCCUAUUUCUUGCAUCCCAGCCACGCUUCGACUUCUGGAUCACAAGGAUCACCGAUCCCACGAGCAAUUUGCCGUCGUCGCAUUUCAAUCGGAUACGGGUUUGCAGUGCAAGCUAUCGCCAUGUAGCGAGCAUUGUAGCACAUAGCUUGAGCAUUGCCACAUUGAUGAUACAUCGUUCCGUUGCAAGGAGCCAUGAUGUCUGGUGUUGGAGGACCUUCAAGAACUCCAGGCUGGAGAAUAGGCCCGCAAGUUGUAGCAUCAAAUUUCUCUACUGCAGCCCGCG